GGGGUCUUUCCCAACAAAAUAAGUAGAAAAUCUGGUUUAACGAACUUGCCUGGUCGAUACAUCCACCACAGUGAGGUUACGCAGCCUCCAACAGAGUCCUCCUCGUUUUCUCCGCCCAUCUCGUCGUCCUCCUCUCCCAUUGCCACUCCUCUUGUACACUCCAAUCCCCCAUUUUCUCUCACUCCUCUCACAGGAUUCUUCCAAGUCCUCCCCUCCACGACGGCCAUGGCAUCUCCUUUCCUCUCGAGUACUGCUGUCUCCUUCUCCUCUUCCCGUCCUCGCCUUUCCCCCUUCAUCUCCUCUCGUCUCCCUUCAAAGCCUCUCCCUAAGCGUGUUCUCAUUGUCCGAUCGAAGAUCAGGGAGAUCUUCAUGCCCGCCCUCAGCUCCACUAUGACCGAGGGCAAGAUUGUUUCCUGGAUUAAAUCCGAGGGCGAUAAGCUCUCCAAAGGCGAAAGCGUUGUUGUAGUCGAAUCUGAUAAGGCCGACAUGGAUGUGGAGACCUUUUAUGAUGGAAUUCUUGCUGCUAUUGUUGUUGGAGAAGGUGAGGUUGCUCCCGUCGGCGCCCCCAUUGGCAUUCUUGCUGAGACUGAGGAAGAUUUUCCCGAGGCUAAGGCCAAAGCUGGGUUGAAAUCUGCUAUUUCAUCUCCUGCUGCUGUUGCUGCCACUCCUGCUCCUGCUACCUCUUCCGCGCCCCCAAUUUUGCAGCCGAAGCCAGCGCCUACUCCUGCUGCGGAGGGGCCGAGGAAGACUGUUGCGACGCCAUAUGCAAAGAAGCUAGCGAAGCAGCACAAGGUGGAUAUUGCGUCCUUGGUUGGGACGGGGCCAUUCGGAAGGAUUACGCCAGCAGACGUGGAGGCUGCAGCCGGGAUUACGCCUUCGAAGACCAAUGUAGAACCCGUUGUGGUUGCGCAGCCUACUGCACCACCGAAAGUAGCAGCUACUCGUCCUGCUUCUGCUCCAGGUACUUUGCCUCCUCCAGUUCCUGGUUCCACGGUUGUUCCUUUUACCACGAUGCAAGCUGCUGUUUCCAAGAAUAUGGUGGAUAGUCUUUCAGUGCCAACGUUUCGCGUUGGAUAUCCUGUGACCACGGAUGCCCUCGAUGCCUUGUAUGAGAAGGUUAAGCCCAAGGGAGUGACAAUGACUGCUCUGUUAGCCAAGGCAGCAGCAAUGGCACUUGUGCAGCACCCUGUGGUAAAUGCAAGUUGUAAAGAUGGAAAGAGUUUCACUUACAAUAGUAAUAUCAACAUUGCAGUUGCUGUGGCCAUCAAUGGUGGUUUGAUUACCCCUGUUCUUCAGGAUGCAGACAAGUUGGACUUGUACUUGUUGUCACAAAAAUGGAAAGAGCUCGUUGACAAAGCCCGGGCAAAACAGCUUCAGCCUCAAGAGUACAAUUCAGGGACUUUCACUCUAUCUAAUUUGGGGAUGUUUGGAGUGGACCGGUUUGAUGCCAUUCUUCCUCCAGGACAGGGAGCUAUCAUGGCUGUUGGAGCAUCGAAACCAACUGUUGUUGCUGAUGCAGAUGGAUUCUUCAGUGUGAAAAAUAAAAUGCUGGUGAAUGUAACAGCUGAUCACCGUAUUAUCUAUGGUGCUGACUUAGCUGCCUUCCUUCAGACCUUCUCAAAGAUUGUUGAGAACCCAGAAGGCCUGACUUUGUAGAUGAUGUUCAACUUCUUUAUGAAGAAUUCACACUCGGCUUCCAAUUUGGUGGCUACAGAUUUCAGCGAGGCUAUUUGAAAUUUUGAACGUAUUGACUGAGGAGCCUGUACUUUUUGGCAGAUUUCACAUUUUUCUGAAACGAAGUGUUGUACCACAUUUUGUUUGUUUUCUAAAGGUAUCAGGUGCCAUUUAGAUACUUAAUAAAAACUUCAAGGAACUCUUGUAUUAGAAUCCACAUUUGAGUCCUUUGUAUUUGAUGUGUUAACAAUCAUUUCAUUAGUACUGAUGAAAUGCAUAAAGACAAUGGAUUUAC